GAAGCGAGAUGCGGUUUUCCAUUCCUCAGGCGCCUCGUCACGCUUUCAACAUUUCCGAAAACAGGAGCGGGGACGCAGAGAAUGUGACCGUACACUUCAGGAUAAAGACGCGAGGGGAAGCACGAAUGUGUCCAUUUAGCGUUGACGUCCUGGGAGGAGAGGGCAGAGGGGAAAAAGCGGUCCCCACUUUCGACUGGUGGCGCAGCGAUUGCUUCCCGGUCUCAUUCCUCCAGAAGUGACCAAAGAAAACGGGCGGACAGACAGACGGCUGCAGAAGCAAGGGGUGCGUCGGGGCGCGGAGAAAUCAGCGCUAGCGGGGAGGAGGGCCGGUGGGGCCUGAGCGGGCGGGCGCGGCCGCCGUCGGGGCGGGGCUCAGGGUGCGCGGGCUGCCCGGCAGCAAGCGCUCGGCAGCCGGGUUCCCUUUACGAGAGACACUUCUCGCCAGCGCUACCUCCUGGCAGACACCUCAUCUGAGCGGCAGCAGGCGUCACCAAAGGGCUGGGCAGCAGGGCGAGCGCUGCAGCCGCACGGGAUCUGGGACACAAGCAGGUGCAGCUGUCCCAAGUUUGGCGUCCUCCACUUGACACUCGCUGUUCGAGCCAUGCCUGGAGGCGUGGACACGGUGGACCUACCGGCGUGGAACCAAGCUUCGGGCCUGUCCCAGGGCCUCCGCCACAGAAAUGCUAUGGCACAUCUUGAUUCUGAGGUGAAAGAAGAAUGUCUGAGGGAAGACUUGAAGUUCUAUUUCAUGAGCCCCUGUGAAAAAUACCGAGCCAGGCACCAGAUUCCAUGGAAACUGGGCUUGCAGAUUUUGAAGAUAGUCAUGGUUACCACGCAGCUUGUUCGUUUUGGUUUGGGGAAUCAGCUGGUUGUUGCUUUCAAAGAAGACAACACCAUUGCUUUUAAGCAUUUGUUUUUGAAAGGCUAUUCUGGUGUCGAUGAAGAUGACUACAGUUGCAGUGUAUAUACUCAGGAGGACACCUACGAAAGCAUCUUUUUCGCUAUUGAUCAGUACCACCAUCUAAAGAACAUCUCCCUGGCCACCCUUGAUUACGGGGAAAAUGAAGACCAUAGGAUUGGCCUGAAGGUCUGUAAGCAGCAUUACAAGAAGGGGAUGGUGCCUUCUGCUAAUGACACACUGAACCUUGACAAUGACAUUGAGACAGAUUGUAUCCACUUGGACCUCCAGGUCCUCUCCCAGGAUCCUCAGGACUGGAAACAGUCAUCUUUCUUCAGACUGGAUUUUGAUCGGCUCUUACACGUUGAAAUGUCCUUUCAUCUCAAGGGCAUCGACCUACAGACCAUUCGUUCCCGAGAGCUGCCUGACUGUUACAUCUUUCAGAACACGAUCACCCUCGACAACAGAGCUCACAGUGGCAAAAUCAGAGUCUAUUUUGAGAGUGAUGCCAAGAUAAGAGAAUGUAAAGAUCUAAACAUAUCUGGAUCCAUUCCAAAGAACACUCAGUAUGUGCUGGCGUUUGAUACAUUUGUCAUUGUAAUUUGCCUGGCGUCUCUCACUCUGUGCACCCGAUCCAUUGUCCUUGCCCUGAGUUUGCGAAAGAGAUUUCUACAGUUCUUCCUGGAGAAGUACAAGCGACAGGUGUGUGAUGCUGACCGGUGGGAGUUCAUCAAUGGAUGGUAUGUCCUGGUGAUUGUCAGUGACCUCAUGACAAUAAUUGGAUCCAUAAUGAAAAUGGAAAUCAAAACAAAGAAUCUCACAAAUUAUGAUCUGUGCAGCAUCUUACUUGGGACAUCUACGCUGUUUGUGUGGGUCGGAGUCAUUCGUUACCUGGGUUAUUUCCAAGCAUAUAAUGUCCUUAUCUUAACAAUGCAAGCCUCGCUACCCAAAGUUCUUCGAUUUUGUGCUUGUGCGGGUAUGAUUUAUCUGGGUUACACAUUCUGUGGCUGGAUUGUCUUAGGCCCCUAUCACGACAAGUUUGAAAAUCUGGACAUAGUUGCUGAGUGCCUCUUUUCUCUGGUCAAUGGUGAUGACAUGUUUGCGACUUUCGCUCAAAUUGAGCAGAAGAGUGUCUUGGUGUGGCUGUUUAGCCGUCUCUAUUUAUAUUCCUUCAUUAGCCUUUUUAUAUAUAUGAUUCUCAGCCUUUUUAUUGCACUUAUCACAGAUUCUUACGACACUAUUAAGAAAUACCAACAGAAUGGGUUUCCUGAAACAGACCUACAGCAAUUUCUGAAAAGGGGUAGCAGUGAAGAGGAGCAGCGGAGAGAGGCCUCGGCCUUCCUGUCGCACACCUGCUGUUGGAGGAGGAAGUCAAGCGAUGACCACUUGAUACUUAUUAACUAAAGUCCUCCUGCUAAGGACAAUUAAGUUUCAGGCCUCUUCCCAGUGACAAUGCAGAGGGACCCCAUACAGCUUGGACCAGCAGUUCCAAAAGGAUUGUUUUACUUAAUUGUGGAUUGUAAAAGAGAAGUGACUGUCAGCUGGCUGACUAUAACUGAAGUUCCAAAGUAACUUUUUUAUAAACUUGAAUGAGUAAGAAGAGCUUGCCGGCUUCUACUGAGCAUUAGUGUAAUUGAGCAGUGAUAAUGAAAUUUUCUGCUAGUUUGCUAAUUAUGAUAUGAUGGGAAAAACAGUACAUUUUAGGAAGUACAAAUAAAUGAUAUCUAAAU